AUGAGCCAUAAAGAAGCUUCAAAACCUAAUCCCCAAUUUACCCGAAGAGGCUCGAAGUCAAAAACCUUAGCCUUACUUUUUUCGCAAUCACAAAUGUUCAAUGACAUCCAGCCAUCCCUUCCUCGUCCUCUAGUAUACCGAGGAUUAAAUCUACGAAGGCUUUCUUUUCGUGAUUUGUCAGAGGAAAUUGAAAGAAUGGAAUAUCAUCCCUCCCAUAGGUUUGACAGACAAGAUUUCACAAGUGACGAAAUUCGGGCUAUUUUUCGAAUGUUUUGUAAGCAAAAAACGAUGAUUUCGGAAGAAGAUUUAUAUGAAAUGAUGAAGUCGGUUGGAGAAAAUGUGAGUUUGGAAGAGGUUAAAGAGGUUUUUAAAGCGGUUGAUGAAGAUGGGGAUGGGAUGAUAAAUUUUCAUGAUUUUUAUCACUUGAUGAAUUCGUAA